CAAAAGCUGACUUUAUGCCUCUUUUCGGGUUUAACACGGCCGCGCUCGCUUUGACCCGCUGUCAAAGGUUUACCAGAAACUUUACGUCGCCGUCAUUAUUAUUAUUAUUUUUAAUGUUCGGUAACUUCUUCAAUAAUUAUUUACCCAAUAAUGGAGAAAAGUUAUUUAAGUAACAUAUGUCGAAUUUGUAAUUCAAUCUAUAAGCCGACUACUUGGUGAAACUGUAAAUUGUACACGCUGAGUUGAAUUUUGGGGGGGAAAAAAAACGUAAUAUCAUUUUUUCUCUGAACCGGCUUAUACGUAGUGACACUAAUAAAAAUAACGAAGUACCCGGUACUUUUUAAUCUGAUACCGAUAUAUCAAUACAUAUAUUUCUGUUAAUGAUUAAUUUCUUUGUGUGUCGUGUCGACAACUUAGGUCCUCAUUCUACCCCCACCCCCACAUAUCACAUAAUACUAAAUACAUUUUUAGUGCGGCUUGAACUUUUACAUAUUCCUAUUGCUAUUUUUCCAACUAGACGUGCCCUUUUAGAUGAUUUGAUAUUGUGAUAAACGUUGCUACAUGGCGAUGCAAUUUAUAAUUCCAUAUUUAAAAAAAUGAAAUACGGUUGGUAGGUGGAGUAAUUGACUAAGUAUACUACCAAUGGUCGUUUUUUCCCCUGAGGUUUUGUAAAAAAAAAAAAUCUCUGUCCUUUGUAUAUUUGAAGUCAAAAGGAAUGCUGAGGAGGGAAACACUGUACUUUGCACUUGCAUUUACGAUUACAGGACUGACAGAUUCCUUUAAACACUGUUUUCAGUUUCACAUUUAGGUUUCCUUUUUCUGAUAAUUUGUUAAAGAUAAUUGAUUAGUGAUAAAGAACAAUUUUAAAAGUGAUAUUUGAUUAUUAAAUUGUAUCGUAUUGUUUUUUAAGCCAAAUAUCUUCUGAAUAGUAGAUUACGAUUUCAAAAAUUCUUUGUUUGUGCAUUUUUGAUGAUAUUAUAUAACGAUAUUUAGAAUGAAAUACAAUAUCAAAUGUAAAUGUUAAACAUUAAUUUAUGACUACAUUAGUUUAUUUGUAUUUAAUGUAUGCCACGACCACCACAGCACAGUGAAGGCAACUUAAGUUCUUAAAAACGCCCAUGUUUACGAAUAUUACAAAACGAAUAUUUAGUAGUUUUAUUAAACACUGGCGUUGCCUCGCCUCGCCGCUAGUGGGCCCUACUCUUCUACAUGGAUGUGAAGGUUUCUCUGCCAUAUUUUGUGGAAGAUUUUAUAAAUGAAAAAGAAAAAGUGAAGCUCGCUUAUAUGUGAACACAUCGCGGAUUGGCAAGCAGCUUUAAUAAAACUAGGGCUAUGCGUAAAUUAUAUAUUAAUAUUGAAACUAUGAAUACAUAUUUACUUUUAGAAAUAUACUUUUAAAAACUAUUUUUAAAAUAUUAUUACUCAUCUCACUGUUAGUCUUAUGUGGCAAAAAAAUAGAUUGUCGCUGUCUUAAGCAGUUUAAUACAUUGGAAUGGGUUUCUGUAAUGUGGAAAUUCUGCAAGGGCGCGACAUUUCUUUUCUGUCCAUUUUCUGCCGUUUCAAUGCAGAUGAAAUGCAUGCAAUGGCUGAAUUGGGGAAAAUGCAUGGAUGGCAGGGACGGGAGGUAUUUGCAUAGUGUGGAGCGAUCUAAAGAUGGCCGCAUGUUCCUGUCAUUGUUGACAAACUGUGACGAAUACGGGAUAUUUCAGAAACGUAUGGUUUAAAUCGCCGUUUUGGUUGGGCGCCCCCUGCUGCCUGCGCGGCUCCUUCGCUUUCUACAAGUCCUUCACCUGCAGUGCCCAGGAUGGCCGCCGAGCGGCGGUGUGGAGGCUCGGGGAGUUCUACUUCGUACGCUGUGCGCCCCAUGAACCCGCGUGCAUUGCUGAGCUCACUUUGCUUUGGGAGGACCGGGAGCAGCGCCACCAGCUGGCCAGUUCAAGGCUCUACUUUCUACCUGAAGACACACCAAAAGGGCGCAUGGGAGAGCAUGGGGAGGAUGAGGUGCUGGCCGUGUCGAGGAAGAUCGUGAUCCGCGUGGAAGACCUGGUCAAGUGGGCGUGUCCUGAGCCGGCAGGCUGGAAAGCGAGAGGCUACAAUCCCAGCGUGAGGAGCGGCCUGGACGGGGGGGCCGAGUCGUCCAAAAGCCUCGACCCACAAGACAACAAGGCUGACGCAGAGUCCCAGGAUCAGAGGCGCGUGAAGGUGCUCAGCUACCCCCAGUACUGCCGUUUCCGCUCGCUGCAGCGCCGAAUGCAGGACUGGGCCAUUGGCCCCGCCCCAUUGGACCCGCACCUCCUGGCCCUGGGCGGGAUCCGGGCGGCUCUGCGCCACACGCGGGUGCUCUACUGCCGGGACACCUUCAACCACCCAACGCUGGACAGCAAUGCCAGUGUGUGGACCCGGCUGGGGUGCACCUCACUCAGCCUGAAGGGCCGACCCCGCAAGCGACGGGGCCGUGACGGAAAGGGCCCCGAAUCUCAGAACCACAGCCAUUCGGUAGCUUCCUGGAUCGACAAAAUGAAGGAGAGCGUUAUGGGCAGUGUGGAGCUGCCAUGGGAGGGGGGCUGGCUCCCCCACCCCGAGGAGCAGCCCUUUCUGGACCAGCUCUACCUCUUCAUGGAAAGUAGAGGAUCACCCAUCAACAAAGUACCCAAUCUGGGCUUUAAGAAGAUCGACCUCUUCCUGCUCUACUCCAUCGUCAAGAGGCUCGGAGGUUACGAGCAAGUGACCACGCAGCGGCUCUGGAAGCGCGUGUACAAUGAGCUGGGGGGGAGUCCGGGCAGCACCAGCGCUGCCACCUGCACUAGGAGGCACUAUGAGAAGCUCAUGCUGGCCUACGAGCAGCAUUUAACUGGAAGCGGAGGAGGGAAACCAGGGCCCCAGCGGGCCCCAGUAGCGGCUCCGUGUGGGAGCGGCGAGCAGCAGAAGGCGAGGGCGCCCCCUGUCGUUCACAAGAAGAGAGUUGGCGGCUCACCCUGUCAGGAGGGCAAGGUGGGAGCAAAGGGUGUCGAGGUUCGGAGGAGGGGUCGACCAAACCGGCGGCAGGUUCGAGCCACGGCGAAAGCCCGGCAGGUGGGGAGCUCCCCCCCGAAGGCACCUCCCCCCUGCUCCCUGGACACGCCCCCCCAGGACACGCCCCUUCAGCCUCCCCCUGUGCCGCUGCAGCAUGGAGUCCCCUCGGCACCAGAUGCAGCAGCCCACGGGGCGGUGGGGGGGGUGCAGCCUGCAUCCUUACCCCCCCUUCAGCCAAAAACUGAGCUGGCUCUCGGACCCCUCUCCCUCCACAAAGGCUUCCACCCCCUCGAGCUAUUCAAGGCCCACCUGGGGCUGAGUGGCGAGGAGUGCCUCAGCCCUGCCCCCCAGCCAUUGGGCUCCACCCUCCGGCCCCCUGUCCUGUUCAUCCAGGCCAAAGCGGGGACCCCCGCCGAAAACGGCGGGGCUCAGAUUGGAGGACCAGUUGAUGCCAGGAGUCCAGUGGGAUCAUUCCAGAUCAUUCCGCUCGACAACUUGCACGUACGGAAGCUCAUGCGGGCCCGGAUGGGGACCUCCGAGCUGAACUCCUUCACCAGGAAGCUGUUGGCCCAGGACCUCAGCAAGGUCUGCAGACCCUCUUGCCCCCAGCCUGAGGCACCAGAGCAGCUGCUGCCCCUCAACCUAAGCAAGCGUGGGAGUGUUGAUUCUGAGCGACCUGACAGCAUGGCUAAGAAGAUGAGACCAGACUGGGCUGGCUCCGGUGGCACGGGUCUGGGCCUGAAGGUGACCAUACCCGGCAUGCUGGCUCAGCCGACCCAGGAGGAAGCGGCAGACCUGAGCUCGCCCAGACGUGCUAGAGCCUGUGUUCAGGAAUGGGCCACCCACUCCGCUGGGUCAGGCGGUACCGCAGAAAGCUCGAGCGAGGUGCAGGGACACCCGGAGUGUGUGAAACCAGAAAACGAUCUGCGAGGUUGUCCCGAUAACAAGAUGACUGAUGUCAAAAUGUCCCCCCCCGAAACACCUACCAACCCCUGUCUGGACCGGAUCUGCUGGCCCCCACCCCGAUGUGGCUGCGUAGACACACACGCAGCUGUACCAUACCACUGAACUCAUAACACACAGAGCCCCCCCCCCCCAAUCUGUAUGCACAUACAAAUAAUUAUUCUAAUAACAACCGCUGUGUGUUUUUUAUAAAUUAUUUCAUAGAUGUUUUGAUCCAAAGCAGCUUGGUUUUAUAUUUUUGGAUGUUUAUACUAUUGCGAUUCAGGUUUCAAGAUUCUUCCUCACAGUUACUGAAGCCCUUCCUGGGACUUGAACCAGUAACCUACCGGGAACAAGGCUGCAGCCUUUCACCGCCGUGCCACCCAUGGCUAGCCUUUGCUGUACCGUUCAUUGUUUAACUCUCCUGCUUGACAGUGAGUUGGCCCUGACACAAAGCGCCUCGUUCAUUAAGGUUCCUCUUUCUCCUGUAAGGGUUACUCUUUUUAAAAAAAAAAAAAUAACAUCACUGUAUAAAUUUGUCUGUGGCCCAGAUCGUUAUUUCCAAUUUAGGUUGCCCCCAGGGCCGUCUGUACUCACGUGUGGGGCCGGAACAGAUAAAGGUGGGCUGCCUCGAUAUUUGGUGAUACAUUUGCCGUUUCUUCACAUAACUUGCAUCCUGCUGUAAGGACAUUUUAUGGUUUGAGUUGAGGGCAACUAACCAGCCCAACCACAACUACUCACACAAGAUCUGUAAGCUCCUUGCAUCUCAAUUUCUGUUUCACGAUUAAGCACAGAUUGGGUCGUGUCUUUUUUUUAAUUUUUAUUAACGACUCCGUACAACACUGCUGCUCUCCCGCAUGCUGAUCAUAAACAUUUGUAUUUAUAACCGUUAUUUAUUGGUUAUAUUUUAAGGCCACGUUCUGCUGAUUGCCACGAAGUUGACAAUGGUGAAAUGCGUAACUUAACGUAACUUAUUUAUUCUUCAUUGAGUUUUGCGCACUUAAAUAUUUAUUCCCUUCACGCCAUCCUGGCACGUACGCUCCUUUUCGUGCGGUGGAGGGGGGCCGUUAUGACUCCGAGCUUGUGUGCGGUCCGACCGCGAGGCAAACUCAGCCGCAGCAAUUAUGGUUUACAGCCUAACGUUAAGAAUGCCAUUUGACUAUACAGGCUCCGCUAACAUGCUAGCGGAGGCUUGAAGGUAGACAUACUGCUUAAUGUGUAUAAUUAUUAUUUUGAAGUAACGUACUACUUUACGGUAAUUUUUAAAUAGGAGUUAUUCAAGAGUUUGAUUUAAAUGCCAUACCUUUUUCCUUUUCUGCUCAUGAACUAUUUCUUAUUGUGUGAUUUUAUUUUAUGGUUUUUUUGUAUUUAAACUUUUUAUUUAAUAUUUCAAGUUGUAGCCUUUUGGUGUUUUUUUUUUAAUCGUCCUUUUACGUUCAGUUAUGCAUGUGAUUGAAAGUAGGCUCGUGUGCGUUAGUCAGUGGGAUAUAAAACUGAGUUAUGGUAUAGAUUUAAUAGUACCAGGUCAAAACAAGCCAGGUGGAUUCAAAAGCCGAGGUGUGUUACAGUAUACGUGUUUUUUUUUUUUACGCGAUUAUUUUUCACUACUUGAACAACAGACACUAAUUUUGGACGAUCUGCAUCUCUCUAAACCUGUGUAUCAGUAUGUUCCCCUUUCGCCUACAUUCCUUUCUUGUACAGACAAAGACUCGCCAGAGUUCGUUGGAUUCGCGGGCCCACGGUUAUGCAAUAUGUAACAGUCUUCAACGUUUAAAAUUUUGUUAAAAGGUGGUUAUUUUUAUGUGCAUUAACACUGUAUAUUUAUAUUAAAAUUUUAUCUGUUCACUUUCA